AUGGACCUGACCAAGAUCGAGAGCUGGAGUGACGCGGACUUUGCAGCAGACAAGUCGGACCGCAAGUUGGUCUCAGGAUGCGUGUUGACGAUGGAUAGAGCAGUGGUGUCGUGGGCGUGCAAGAAGAAGACUAGCGUCUCUGUGAGCACCAUGGAAGCUGAGUAUUUAUUCAUCUCGGCGUCGCAGGCAGGACUUGAGCUAUUAGGGCUGAUGGAACUUUUUGGUGAGCUGUACAUAAAGGUAGGUGAGUCCAUGCCGAUGUGGAUGGACAACAAAGCUGCCAUUAAGUUAAUAAACAGCAAAAAGAGUACUUCAGGCGCGAAUCACGUUAACUUUCGUUUCAAGUUCAUCUGCCACUACGCUUAA